GGGUGUGUGUAAACCUGACAGCACUAGGGGAAAAGAGCUUGCGCCUAUGAGACACUUAGGGUCUAAGAACGAGACACAAGCACUAAGAGUAGAGGGGAGGAACAGGUGGAAGUUGUCUCUGUACCCCCAUCUUUUCUCGAGUUUAUUGGCUUACAAACCAAGGUUCUUUAUGUAACUCUAUUUUCAUAUUUAUUUCCCUUCUCUGACCUUGCCUUCUUUUUUCCAGUAGGCUCUUUUUCGUCUCACUCCUCAGAUAUUCACCCGCGUUUUCUCAGCAUGGUUCAGUCCAGGAUGGUGAGGGGCGGGGGGAGCCGGUGUGCUCUGCCCUAGCCGGUGCUGUUCAGGAGCUGCCAAGCUUGCACGAGGCUCGAGGAAACCUAGAGCUGGCGCGGGAGGGAGCGGGGGCCCUCUGCCGGAGCUACCUGCCGGGUGCACCCCGCAGCCCGGCAGUGGCUCGGAGCGGGCGGUGGCGUGGCUGUGGGGUUAGGGAGCUGAGACUCCCGGGCCGCUGCAGCUCCACUUAGUGCGGGGAGAAGGACCAAGUGGGCCGAUCCCGCGUGGGAGCCCCAGAGUCGGACAGCUCAUCACCCCGCCUUUCCCAGCCUCACGGUCAGCCUUUCACCGGGCUGGCGGGCCAGUGGUGGUGCGGGCCCGGGAGAGGGGGAGCAAGCGGAGGGAGGGAGAAGGUUUGAGCCUGGAACGGGGACUCCAGGAGGGGAGAGCGCUGCAGGAAGUGGGGGCGGCGGCACAGCCCCUCGGGGGACCGGUGGAGAGGGGUCGAAGGCACCCCGGAAACGGAUUUCGCUUCAGUGCCCCCAGGAUCUCUGAGCGUGGGGAGAGAAGAGAGACCAGUCGGCCCGGAGCGGCUGCUGAGUAAUUGCCGGCAGCAGCAGCGGCGGCCACCGCCACGCGAGGCUUCAGCUUCCACGUCCUAUCGACAAACUGCAGGCACAGCAGCAGUAGCGGCUCCCGCAGCAACAGCAGCUCCGGCUCCUCCUCCCGGCUCUUCCCCUGCAGCUGCUGCCCUUUAGGCUCUUCCCGGGGCCGGUGCCACUGGUUCUUGGGGCUUCUCAGAGCCCCACUCUUCCCCUCAAGCUCCCCUCCCCCCCCUCGCUUCUUCUUCUUCUUUCCCCAUGGCCGGGUCGGAGCAGCAGCCGUCUCGGCGGCGCGAGGAAGAGAGCGAGCAGGACUCGGCGGCCGCAGCGCCCCUGCACGAUGCCGAGCUGGCCCUGGCCGGCAUUAACAUGCUGCUCAACAACGGCUUCCGAGAGUCGGACCAGCUCUUCAAACAAUACAGAAAUCAUAGCCCACUAAUGAGUUUCGGAGCCAGCUUUGUCAGUUUUUUGAAUGCCAUGAUGACAUUUGAGGAAGAAAAAAUGCAAUUGGCAUGUGAUGACUUAAAAACAACAGAAAAACUAUGUGAAAGUGAAGAAGCUGGGGUUAUUGAAACAAUCAAGAAUAAGAUCAAGAAGAAUGUUGAUGCCCGAAAAUCUGCACCAUCUAUGGUUGAUCGUCUUCAGAGGCAAAUAAUUAUAGCAGACUGUCAGGUUUACUUGGCUGUACUUUCUUUUGUGAAACAAGAGUUGUCAGCAUAUAUAAAAGGUGGGUGGAUCCUUAGAAAAGCCUGGAAAAUCUACAACAAGUGCUAUGUAGACAUCAAUGCCCUUCAGGAACUGUAUCAGAAAAAGCUAACUGAAGAGCCUUCAGAUGCUGCAAAUGAUAAUCACAUUGCUGUGGAAGGGGUGUCAGAGGAAUCUCUAAAUAGACUGAAAGGGGCUGUUAGCUUUGGAUAUGGACUAUUUCAUCUUUGUAUAUCCAUGGUACCCCCAAACCUCCUCAAAAUCAUCAACUUACUGGGUUUUCCUGGAGACCGGCUACAGGGCCUUUCUUCAUUGAUGUAUGCAAGUGAAAGUAAGGACAUGAAGGCUCCUUUAGCUACAUUAGCUCUGCUAUGGUAUCACACUGUUGUUCGUCCUUUCUUUGCCUUGGAUGGCAGCGAUAACAAAGCAGGCUUGGAUGAAGCUAAGGAGAUUCUUAUGAAGAAAGAAGCUGCUUAUCCAAACUCUUCGCUGUUUAUGUUCUUCAAGGGACGAAUACAGAGAUUAGAGUGUCAGAUCAACAGUGCCUUGACUUCUUUCCAUACGGCUCUGGAACUUGCGAUAGAUCAACGAGAAAUUCAACAUGUCUGUCUCUAUGAAAUUGGUUGGUGCAGUAUGAUAGAACUGAACUUUAAAGAUGCUUUCACUUCCUUUGAAAGACUCAAAAACGAGUCAAGGUGGUCUCAAUGCUAUUAUGCAUAUUUAACUGCAGUUUGUCAGGGAGCCACUGGUGAUGUGGAUGGAGCACAGAUUGUAUUCAGAGAAGUACAGAGGCUUUUUAAAAGGAAAAACAACCAAAUUGAACAAUUCUCGGUCAAAAAGGCAGAGAGAUUUCGUAAGCAAAUACCAACCAAAGAACUUUGUGUGCUAGCAUCCAUUGAAGUGCUGUAUUUGUGGAAAGCCCUUCCAAAUUGUUCCUUUCCCAACCUGCAGAGAAUGAGCCAAGCUUGCCAUGAGGUUGAUGAUUCUUCUGCUGUUGGAUUAAAAAAUUUGCUUCUUGGUGCCAUACACAAAUGUUUGGGAAAUUCAGAAGAUGCUAUUCAGUUCUUUCAGAGAGCUGUCAAAGAUGAGUUGUGCCGUCAGAAUAAUUUAUAUGUUCAACCAUAUGCUUGUUAUGAACUUGGCUGUCUCUUAUUGGAUAACCCAGAGACUGUGGCAAGAGGUAGAACUCUGCUUUUACAAGCAAAGGAGGAAUUCACUGGCUACGACUUUGAAAACAGAUUACAUGUCCGCAUCCAUGCCGCCUUAGCCUCUUUGAGGGAAGUGGUACCUCAGUGAUAGACCAGAAGUCUUGAUUUGUCCCACAGUUUUCUGCACUGUAAAACACAUGCAGAAGAUUGAGCUAUUGGGAAGAUCAACUUCAGCUUCUUCUGAAAACCACCUGUGCCAGAGAUACGUUUUUAGAGUUGGGCUGACACAUUAAAAAUCUUCUCUUCUAAACAAAUAACUUUUUAAAAAAUAUAGAAAGUCAGUUGGUGAGAGGGUUAAGUGACCUUGUUCAAACAAUUUAGAUUUUUUCAUUUUCAUUUUUGUUUCUCAAGCUAAACAUAAAUAAUUAUUCAGGAAAAAUAAUUAUAAGCACACAUUUGACUUGAUCACAUUAACAGUUGUAUUAUUAAAAAGUAAAAUUAAUAAUCAUAUCAUCACCUACAUUUGUAUUGCGCUUUGAAACAAUAAAAACACUUUUCAAUCUUUUUACUUUAUCUUUACAAUGUUCCUGUGAAAUAUAUAAAAUAACAUUAUCUCAGUAUUAUAGAUGACAAGACGCAGAGACAGAGAGACUUUUGACUUGGUCCAGGUUAUACAUUGAGUUAAUGACAGAGCAAGGUCUCCUUAUGGUAUGAUUACCAUACCAAACCCAUACUCUAUUGUUGGAAAAAUUUAUAACUUGGACCUCCAUGUUUUUCCUUAGAAAAAAGCCACAUACUCUUUUAACUCAUAUGAUAUAAUCCAAAAUAAUUAUCUCUCCAGAUUUUAGUAUUUUUCAAAAUAGCAAAGACCAGAAUUCUUUUUCUCAAGACAACCAAAAAAAUAAGGAAAACAAAAAUUAAUUGUUAAGACAGGCCUAUUUGUUUUAGCAAACAAAUUAAUAGAUUAUUCUUUUUUAUAAUAGCUUUUUAUUUUUCCAAAUACAAGCAAUAGUUUUCAACAUUCACUUGUGCAAAACCUUGUGUCAAAUUUUUCUCCUUCCCCUAGACAGCAAGCAAUCUAUUAUAGGUUAAACAUGUUUUUCUAAAUAUAUUUCCAUAUUUGUCAUGCUUUGCAAAAAGUAUUAGAUCAAAAGGAAAAAAACCAUGGAAAAGCUCAAAUAGUUUUUUUUUUUUUACACUUAACAUGAAUCUGGGAAGACAAGAAGCUUAACUUGCAAUGUUCAGUUAAAUAAUGUUUUUCUAGAUCUUACUAGGAUUCAGCUAUUUCUUCUCAUGACCCCAAUCGUAGAUUAUUAAAUAUUGUAUUCCUUACUCUGGGUAGGCAAUCCUCAAAUGUUUCCUCAUUUGUUACUAGCCACUUUCUUGGACUAAGUUACCAAAGUGUUUUGCAGACUUACUUGAGUCAGAAAAUCCCUCCCUGCAUUGAUUUAAGCUCCAGGGAAAAAAGACUGGGUUCUCCCAUUUGUUAAGUGAUUCACAAGCAAAUAAAUGUUUUCUGAUGGAAAUCUUAGGGUAUUUCCAUCAAGAUGACUGAGUAACUUUUUUUUUUUUAAUUUUAUGGGUUGCAUUUGAAUUCCCUGGUUUUUCUGGGAUGAGGGGAAAAAUAUGAAUCUUCAGAAUGUAUCUUAAUGAAACUUUUAUUCUCUUCUAACCACUAGUAUGUGUAGCUAUUACAUUUAACAGACAUUAAACAUCUCUGUAACGUGUUUAAGGAUCAUUUUUGAGUGCAAUUCUUGCUAUAGUGUUGAGCUAUACUUAAAUUGUCAAGUGAGGCAAAAAUAUUGGGAAACACAUUAUUCAAUAUGUAAAGAUUAUUCAUAAACCCUGUAAUUUAGAAAUAGUAUUAAAUUUAGAUGGAUUUCUUUUUACUUAUUCAUUUGCAUUUUGUUUCUUUUAAAAUCAAGUACAAUUCACUCUGACAAAUUGUUUAUACUCCUAAUUCAGAGUUCCUUUAAUAUUUCUAGUGUAGGUUUAAAAGUGAGUCAUUUCCCCCAGUCAUCCCAAUUUAUUCCUAUAGUACCUUUGUGUUAACAUUUAUGGGAGAGAUGUGAAAGGGACUAAUCACUAGAGCACAGUAUAAGUAGAAUAACUGAUAACUGAAAGCUGUAUUUUCUUCAAGAAGUUGAAUAAGCGCUUUGAAUUGAUAUGAUUUAGAAACAAAACUUUCUAGCUAGUGUGCUAUGAUUUACCCAAUGUAUUGACAAUAAUUGUGAUCUGCACUGUAAUUCACUUCUAUAUAAAUUUAAUUCCCCUUACCCUUACUAAUUCACAAAAUAAUCAUCUAAGUGGAACAGAUUGUAUAUGUGUAGUAUUUUGGAUUUUUUGGUUUUUUUCUGUUUCUGCCACCUCCCUCUUCCUACUUUGGGAGAUUCUUUGGAGCAUCUCCAAUUUAUAAAUGUCAUAUACCCUUUUAUAUUAGAUUAUGCCUGUGAUGAGAACAAUAUCAAAUGUAUAUAAUGUCAUCUGCAUAUGUUUUUAUAAUUUGAAAAACUCGGAGGCAUGAUCUAAUAGCAAUAAUAGAAUAUGCAUCUUGCUAACCAAUAUUAUUAAGAUUUUAUCUUUAAUAAAAAAAAAUCAGGCAUCUUUAUUUUUAGCUCACUGUGGCUAUGUCUCCUAAGUUUAAAAAAAAAAUGAAUUUUGAAAUGUCACUAAAAAUUAGAAUAUUUAUUGUGGUGUAUUGUAAAAGUAAAUAAUUUAUAGAAAUUGCACUUUUAUAUUUCUGCCAAGUAAAAAGAAAAGAAAACACAAA